GAGGAGAAGUGAGGACGGGACCUGCAAGCAUAUAGCCUAUUUAACAGUGUGGCAUAACAAUCAGACGUCCUGUGAUAGUGAAUCGUUUUAUUUUACAGUGUGUUGUUAUGCAGCAGGGUUUGGAGCAGUGGGUGACAGUGGAUGGAUUGGACGCAGGGCGUGAAAGUGAGAGACACUAAGAGGGGGGUAAUUUCAGCCGAUUUAUGCGUGAUCAUGGUGAUUCUAUAUGGUCUAUCAGUAUCAGGAUGUUUUAGAGUUCAGAUAUGUGUGAUCAUUGCUGUGGUAUAAGUAGGUUCAGUCUUUCUGUUUGAUUGGACGCUCCCUCCAGUCGUUACCAGGGGCGUGGAACCAAGCAGGCUGAAUGGGAAACACAUUGUGAGCCUCACCGGUGUAUUAACCUAAUGAGCAGAGACGAUGACAAGCGAAAACAGUUGUCCGCGUAAAUUACUUACUAAGGAGCCGACUAGCAAACUCAAAUUUUCCAUUUCUUAAAGCGGCCCCAGUGGUCGCCAGCUACACGCUUUUUUACAUACAACGGCAACGGAGAAACAGGAGCACCGCAACCGAAGAACCGGAGAGGGGAUGCAGCGGCUGGAAAGGAGAUAAAUAUUGUUGUUGUUUUUUUUUUUGUUUGUUUCCUCACUCGUCAUGGGAUGUGUGUUCAGUUAGCACGACCCGUGUUGUUUGCGGGUAGCUGGGUGGCUCUUGUCUGUGAAGAAUGGGAAUAAUAUGCAGAUAGGGCGUUUUUAAAGUCCACCUUUUGUCGUGGACAAUCGGCUAACGUGAGCGAGGUUUUUCUAAUAACGUUACCGGACACAGCGGGUCUCCAUAGACUGGUACCGCUAGCCUGAGUUCAGGUCGUUUUUGGUCGGUUUUCCUCGAUUUGUACAAGCUCAUGGUUUCAUCGGAUGAAAUCUCUGUGUCUGUGUCAUCCAUCCAGUGUUGUUAGGGGCCUUUGCUGGCAAACUGCGUCACCGAGUGGGCGCUGCAGGUAUUCACCUCUUCAUUUCCAUGUUGGGAAGUCAAGCCAUGGCACACAUGACCUGGAAACCAAAGUGACUGGACUUUUAAAUCACCAUGGAUGUGGAGGGUGAUUCUAAAUCAGAAGCCCACCCCACACCCAAAUACCCCUCUGUGCCCAACUCCCAACGCGAACUGGCCAUAAAUAUGUAUGAGGCCAUGGGUGAUGGGAAUGUCAAUCUCGAGGACUCCUCUGCAGUAGUGAGAGGUGGGAGCGACCCCAGUGCGUACCCUUCAUCAUCCAGUUAUCAGAAGAAUGUGCAUCAGAGAUUCAUCAGGAGAAGUCUGUGGUUCUCGGAUGCGGACGAGCAGGCCUUUGAGGCUCCUGAGUGUGAUAACAGGAGUAAGGUCCUCAACAUAAACCUGCGGACAAUAGUUGACAGGACACGAGGGACUAGUUGUGGGAUACAGGAGGGUUCUAGUACUGAAAGUCAAGGUGGGCAAAAAGACAGUGCAACAGAAAGUGUCAGUGCUGAUGAGGAGAAGGAGAAAGGUGGAGAUGCGUUGAAUGUUACGUGCAGUGGUAAAAGUGCUAUCAAAGCAGCCAGCGAGGAGAAUGAGGAGGAGGCAGAGAUGAAGGCAGUUUCCACAUCUCCAGGGGGAAGGUUCCUCAAAUUUGACAUUGAGCUAGGAAGAGGGUCAUUUAAGACUGUCUACAAAGGCCUGGAUACCGAAACUUGGGUGGAAGUUGCCUGGUGUGAAUUGCAGGAUCGUAAGCUGUCAAAAGUGGAGAGACAGCGCUUUAAGGAGGAGGCAGAGAUGUUGAAGGGUCUUCAGCAUCCCAACAUUGUACGUUUCUAUGACUUUUGGGAGUCAUCCCUCAAAGGAAAGAAAUGUAUUGUUUUAGUGACAGAACUCAUGACAUCAGGAACACUAAAAACCUAUCUCAAGCGUUUCAAGGUGAUGAAGCCCAAGGUGCUGAGGAGCUGGUGUCGACAGAUCCUGAAAGGCCUACAUUUUCUCCAUACUAGGACCCCUCCCAUCAUACAUAGGGACCUCAAAUGCGAUAACAUCUUUAUCACCGGACCUACUGGCUCAGUCAAGAUUGGUGAUUUAGGACUGGCGACACUGAAGGCAGCUUCCUUUGCCAAAAGUGUCAUUGGCACCCCAGAGUUCAUGGCUCCAGAGAUGUAUGAGGAGCACUAUGAUGAGGCAGUUGAUGUCUAUGCCUUUGGGAUGUGUAUGCUGGAGAUGGCCACCUCAGAAUACCCCUACUCCGAGUGUCAAAAUGCUGCUCAGAUUUACCGCAAAGUUACUAGCGGAGUAAAACCGGCCAGCUACAACAAGGUCAUGGAUCCUGAAAUCAAGGAGAUUAUUGGGGAGUGUAUCUGCCAAAAGAAAGAGGAGCGCUACACCAUCAAAGACCUGUUGAACCAUGCCUUCUUUGCUGAGGACACAGGCGUUAGGGUGGAGCUAGCUGAGGAGGAUGAUGGGAAAAAGGUUUCAAUAGCCCUGAAACUGUGGGUAGAAGACCACAAGAAGUUAAAAGGGAAAUACAAGGAGAGUGGAGCCAUCGAGUUUACUUUUGACUUGGAAAAGGAGGUCCCUGAAGUUGUGGCACAAGAGAUGGUGGAGUCUGGCUUCUUCCACGAGAGUGAUGCUAAGACUGUGGGAAAGUCGAUCAGGGAUCGUGUGGCACUGAUCAAAUGGAGGAGAGAGAGAACUGUGUCUGCUGCAGUUCCACUGGAUCAGAGUGAAGGAGGCCACAGGGUUCAGAUGACCCCAUCUCAGGGCAUCUCUGCUGGGGUUGCACAUGUAGGACAGCCCCUUUUGCCUGAUUCAGAAGACCCAGAGGCAGACCAGCACAGGCUGCGGAACCUACCAACCAGUGCUACAUCAGUGACAUCCGACGGCACACUUGACAGUGGCACAGGCUCUACUGUGUACUCAGAUUCACAUAGCAGCCAACAGAGUGUCCUCUACCAGUCCCUGUUGGAGCCUAUCACUAUGGCAACACAGCAGCUUGAUCAGUGCCAGGGACCUCUUCUGACAACAGCUCGUCCUCACUCGUGUGAGAAAGGUGAAGUGUGGAAGCCAACGCUGAACCCAGAGCUCAGGACUCAUUUGGGAGCAGCAGCCCGGAGAGGAAGUGCCCCUGUUAUUGACACUCAUAGGGCAAACCACAUUGCUCAACUCCAUGCCCUCAUUAAGUCUCAGAGAUCAAUCAGUCCUACCCCCAGAGUAUCAGAGUGCCAGUCUGAGCUCAGCCCCACAGAGGUUUGCUCAGAGACUAAGGAUGGGUUCCUUUCCCAGAGUUCACUCCCAGUGUUACAGGUCACCCCUUUUUCUUCACCUUCUGAAUUCCGUCGCCUCAGUGACACCUGCAUCGACUCUACUAAGGAAAAUUUGGUAGGACGUGCACCAAGUGGACGCAGACACUCUGACUUAAGCAGUCUUAUAAAUCUUGCCUCUCAUCACAACCAUUUAUUUGCCAUGCAAAGAGGACACAUGUGCCAAGCCUGCCUUGCUUUGAUUCAUCUGAAGACACGUGAAGUCAGUAACCGCCACACCUCUGUUUUGCCAACACAUCUUUGUCCAUGUGACCUGAGACACACCUUGUCUACAGGUGGUAUAACAUCCUCCCCUGGAUAUGGGGUGAACCCCUGUUCAGAUUUCUCAUUACUGCAGAAGUCACUGUACAAUAUAAUUAGCCGCAAAGGAGCCCCGUGUCACAUUACACCCACCCAGACCUCGCUGGUGCACCCCUCAGUUGCUCAUAGGCCAGGCCGAAGUGAUGGAGACGGGAGCCUGAAGAGGCAUCUUCUGAGUGGCAGUUCAGUUGGGGACCAAGAAACCCUCCAGGACUGCAUGAAUAGAUGCGGUGCUCAAGAGCAGCAAGUUACCAGGGCUGUCGGAGUGGCUAGUUCUGCAGGUCACCAGAAUCAGCCAUCUGUCCAGGGCCUGCCUUCUUCAUCCAACACAGCAGUGCACACACCUCUGCAGUACAUCCAGCCUGGACAGAGUUACUCUGCUGUUCCUUAUGGUGGCCAUUCAAGUGCUGCAGCACCAGCUCCUAACAAUAUUUGUUCAGUCAACAUCCAGCAAACAAAUAAUGCUGCUAGCUACACCCCUCCUAAUGUGCAACAGUGCCCAGCAGUACCCCAACAUGUGCAAAGCUACCAAGCGCCAGGUCAACAACAGCAACAGGGAGCAGGACAAAGCUCUUCAUUUCCUGUACCGAUCCAGCAAACGUGUCAGACUUACAUGGCUCCAACACAACAGGUUCAGUCUUCAUCAGGAUAUCCUAAUCCUGCUCAGCAACUGAGUGCAGCAGCUAGUCUGACAGUACAGCAGCCAGCACAAAGCUAUCCUGUUGCAUCUGCAGCACCAACAUUGGCAGCCUCAGCUCAGUGUCAUCCGGCACAGGCUCCCAGCUCACUGCAGCACGUCCAAGCCACAGUCCAACUGCAGAGUCAGCAGCCUGGCCAGAGCUCAUGCACACCAGCACUUAACAGCCAACAGAUACCUAUUCAGCAAGAGCACCAACAGUCUCCACCACAAAAUGCUCAGUCCAGUAUUCAACAACAGCAACAAGCUGGGCAAGGCUUAAUAUCUAUUCCGCCUAAUCUCCAGCAUAGCCAAGAAACUGCAUCAACUAUACACCAACAAAAGACACAACAGCCUGUCCUGCAAAGCCUGCAGUCUUCUACACGGCAACAAGAACUCACACCAGCUCUGCAACAGCACAGUCAGACAUCUCUGCAGCCUCCAGUUCCACAGCAGAGCCAGGAUUUAUCCCAGACUGCAGUUCAGACUCCUGCUCCCCAGCCCCAUCCAACAGCAUCCUCGGCUAUAAAUGUUGCAGCUCCACAUCAGAGUUACCCUGCUGCAGGCCUACCUGAUGCUGCAUCUCAGACCUAUGCACAUUCCUCCCUCAGUGGGCUGCAGCAGCAGACUGCUCCAGCUCAGAGCCAGUACCUGCCUGCACAGUCUAAUGCUGCUUCACAGACUUAUGGAGGAGCCAGCCAGUUAGUGACUCCCCAAGGCAUUUCAGCUGCUUCCCAGCAUAGCCAGGCUGCACACAUAUCACAACAGUUUCAACCCAAUCUUUGCUUCGCUGCUUUCCUGAAUCAGAAUAUUGCUGCUGGUCAACACAUUUCACAACUAGGACAAGACGGACAGAGCUAUGGGCUGAAUGUCAAACAGGCAGCUUCCAGUGCACCAUCCCAGCCUCUACCUUCUCAGGCUUCUGUCCACCAACAGCUCCAACCUCUGCAGAUUUCAUCUUCUUUACAAACAACACACCAGUCCCAGUUCCCUUCACAGUAUCCCACAGUCCAGGUGUUGCCAGCUGUGACUGACUGUGAAUCAUCUUACCCUCACUGCUCUGUCCCCCACCCUUCAACCUCCUCUUCUCUCAAUCCCAUUUUCUUGUCUCCUGGCCAAACUCUUCCUGUAACUCCUUCUGUCUCUCCCCUUUCCCCCCUACUCAUUGAAAACAUUUUCACUCCAUCAAUUCCGGUUUCACUCAUACCAUCUCCCACACCUGUGAUGGGUAAAGUGGGACCCACUUCUCCUCAGCACCACUCCACCACUGCCAUGUUGCAGAGUGUUAGAUCUGAUGUUUCCAUUCCACAACCUACAUUUAUUUCACCAUUACCCACACACCCACUGCACGCACACACUGCCUCGGUCCAGAACACACACCCUCCCAAAAACGGAAGCACUCAGUCCCUGAUACAGCAGGUUCCCCAGCAGAACCCCGUUGGCCCCCCUGGGCUUGUCCCCCCUUCCCACACAGUCCAGGCUUCUCAGCUUACACAACCAGCAGUGUCCUCUUCACCCGUGCAGAUUGGCUCUGAGACAGGAGCUGUAACCACUGCUACCCAGCUGGACAAUAAGAAUCCAUGCCAGCUGCCCCCACAGAACCAGAGUCAGACUCAUAUUCAGAGCCAGAUUCCUGCACUGCACCCUUCUGAGUCUCAGAAUGCAUCAUCAGGAUCUGCCAGUUUGACUCAGCAGAAACAGCAUAGUGCUGUGACAGGAGCUGUUGGUCAGGGUCCAGCAGAGACCACUGUGGAGGAUCAAGCUGCAGAGAAACACUCAGCAGGACAGAGCUAUGACAGUGUCAACUCGGAUGCUACUUCAGGAAAAGAGAUGAGUGAUGGUUAUGAGGGGACACAUGGAAGCAAAGGCGAGGGGAAAGUCCGCAAACACCACCGCAGAUCUACACGUACUCGCUCUCGACAGGAGAAGAUUAGCAGGCCAAAGCUCAGCAUGCUCAACGUGUGUAACACUGGGGAUAAGAUGGUAGAGUGUCAGUUGGAAACGCACAACCAUAAGAUGGUCACUUUCAAGUUUGACUUGGAUGGAGAUGCACCAGAAGAAAUAGCUACAUACAUGGUGGAAAAUGAUUUCAUUCUGCCGCUGGAAAAAGAGGUGUUUAUUGAGCAGCUGAAGGACAUUGUGGAAAAGGCUGAGGACAUGCUGAGUGAAGACACUGAGGGUGAGAGGAGCUCUGACCAGGGAGGCAGUCCCAAACAAAGUGAUGGAGCUGGCAUUCUGGGAGCAGAGGGUUUGAAGGCCACUGCACCCAGCUCCCCACAGCUAGUGUACCAGCAAAAUGUCCUCCACACUGGCAAACGCUGGUUUAUCAUCUGUCCAGUGGAUGAAACUCCCAUGUUCGACAAAGAGAAGACUACACCUCAGACCUCUACAGCCCAUGAAUCUGAAAAGCCUGUGUUAUCAUCAGCCAGGUCCAACAGCAGUGUUGCUGCAGUGUCUACCCCAGCUGCAUCUUUAUCCUCACAGAGCCCGUCCCCCUCCUCUCUGCCCUCUGCAGCCCAGUCAUCAGUACAACCUCAGGACCAAAAUGUGGGCAAAGCUAGGGUCCAGCAGCCACAGCCCUGUGUAACAAAACAUAACCUUGCUGCUGCAGGUGUCAGCCAUAACACCUCCCUUCCUGCAGAGGAGCCUUGCAUCUCAGCUGUCUCUAUGGUAACAGAGAUGCCAUGCUGUGCUAUUGUGCCACCUGUCUCUCUAGAGGUGAAUGCCAGUGAUAAAGGGGCAGCUGGUGGUUUGGCCUCUUCUCAAACUAAUCAGCCUAACCUGAAGACCAGUCCUACUGGAGAACUACCCCCUCAGGUGGCUUCCCAUCAAUCUGUGGUUCUGCAGCAACCUUACGCUGCAUCAAUGCAGCCAGUGACGUCCCAGCCCCAAAGUCCAGCCCAUCAAUCUUCCCAGGCCUCUCAGAGUUCCCAGGUGUCAACCCAGCAGCAGUCAGCAGCAAGUGGUGGACCAGGGGAGUCAGAUAGUGAGGGACCACGAAGGGUGGAGUUUGUCGACCGCACCAUCAAGACUCUGGAUGAGAAACUAAGAAACCUUUUGUACCAGGAGCAUGCUCCAGCCCAGUCUUGCAGUUCUACCUCUGACCCCCAGGCCUCCACCACAGAGGGAGUGAGCGCAACACCAGUCUCAGACAGCCAAAGCACCGAGGGAGCACUUACAAAGAAGAAGGCAGAGCUGCUGCCUCAGAUACCUGAGCGUACAGAUGCUGUGGGUGCACUAAGUGACUCUGCCUUGGCAGCCACUAAUAGGGUUUCAAGCAGAAGAGAUGCAACUUCCACCUCAAGUUCAUGUGGUUCCAAGAGCCGUUUUCAAAUCAUCCCCACCCCACCGGAUGUUAUUUGCCAUUUAGAGAAAAGCAAGACGAGCCACAGUACCUGUAGUUCUGCAGCACCCUCUAGUGGUUCUGGAGGGUCUCACAGUCUGACGAAAGGCCCAGGCAAGACUGAGAAAGAUGGUAUGCUUGUUGGCAAGUCAUCUGUAUCUGCUGCACCAGAUGAUGAGAAUGCAGAAACCUCCAAACCCCACAGCAACCGUUACUCCGCCCCGCCUAACUUCUACCAGGCCACCCCUACUUCCAGCCCAGAUAGCACCCCUUGCCAUAUUCCCCGUGCCCAGACCAUAGACACCUCCACACCUCGCCACUACCACCACUCCUCUCACCUGUACUCUGAUUCAGCAGAUGAAGAAAGCAGCAGCAUAGCCCUCCCUCCCCACCCUACUCCCCCUGCCCAUGCCCUGUCUGAACACAGCGGAAGCGACCUCAUGAAGAGGGCAGUGGCUUUCCUGCGGCGUACCGGCCGGAGCAAAAGUGAGCAGAGCGCUGAUUCACCGAGCCGGCAGCCUGUGGCAAUGAACGGUCAUGCUCCUUCGCCUUCUGCAGGACAUGCCCAGUCAUCCUACAUUAGCAGUGACAAUGAUUCUGAGUUUGAGGAUGCAGACAUGAGGAAAGAACUGCAGAAACUGAGAGAAAAACACAUGAAGGAAAUCUCAGAGCUGCAGGCCUUCCAAAGGAGUGAGAUUGAGCAUCUGUACAAGGAACUGGGUAAAACUCUGCCUCCGAAUGUAGGCCUUCUUCAUGCUGCACCUCCAAGUGGCCGCAGACGCAGGGCUAGCAAACAUAAGCUGAAGGCUGGAAAACUGCUCAAUCCAAUGGUGCAGCAGCUCAGAAACAACCUCAACACCAACAGUGUUGAGAGAAAAGGUGAGAGUGCUGCCAGUUCUUCUGGCUCUCCUGCUAAAAGUUCAGUUUUAUCAGAUGGCUCGGCCCACUCCAGUGGAAGCUCCAGCUCUGGCAGUCAGCCCAGCACUGCCCCAGAGCAGGUCCAUACCCAACAGCCUUGUUCCUUGAAGGGGUCUUUUUCCUCAGACAACAUAUAUGCUGGUCUACACGGUGACAGAAUGGCUUCCCAAGCUAACGUUGCCCAAGGCUGGACGGUUUACCACCAAACGUCAGAGAGAGUCACCUAUAAGUCUAGUAGCAAACCACGCACUAGAUUCCUCAGUGGACCUGUGUCUCUGUCCAUCUGGUCCACUCUGAAACGACUAUGUCUAGGCAAAGAGCGCAGUAGUAGGUCCUCUCUGAACACGCCUGCAGCUCAGACCGCCUCCCAUCAGACGCCGACGUCUCUCACCACAGCCACGCCGUCUCCUCAGCCAAUCACACGUCUUGCUCAGGUCCAGACCAACAACAGUAACAACAAGAGGGGCACGUUUACUGACGAUCUUCACAAACUAGUGGAUGACUGGACGAAAGAGACAGUGGCAGCAGCCCAUCAGCCACGCCCCUCCCUCAAUCAGAUCAAACAGCAGAGACUCCGGCAGGAGCUGGAUGGCAGAGCUCCACCCAGAGGAGCAGCUUCACACGAGAUGAAAUGCCGUGUUGGAUCCAGCAAGUUCCAGCUUCCUCUGUCCUGCCCCCUGACUUCUACUUUAGGUCCAGGUAUGCCUAAAGCCCUGGCUCCAAACGCCUCUGCAGUGCCCCCUCCUGGAUACCUUUUGCCAUCAGGCUCCUAUGGCGGGAUGGUACCCAACCCUCUUUACCCCCCGCAGUGGCCUGGUUUACCUAGUCCUGUAGGGUCUGUGGGUCCUGUAGGCCUGCUUGGUGCUGCAAGAAUGAUGCCCUAUGUCACAAUGGCAAACCCAGGAAUCCAAGCCUACCCUCUGGUUAUGCACAAUGCUGAGAAUGGCGCCUGUCCGAAAACCACUAGGACUACUUAAUCCACAUAUUAAUAUUUGUUAGUGUGUAUGGGUAGGACAGUCCACUUUGAUCUGGUUCAGCAGAGCCACACAUGUACAUAAUUUGAUCUUGUAAAUAACAUGAUGCAAGUGUUGAUAUUCUUGAUACAACACCUAUAUCUGUAGUUCGCGUGAGUGAGGUAUGCGUGUUAUAUUAUACAGUAAAUGUUAAGUAUGUAUGCCUGAAUACCUAAUGCUUUUUGGCUUUGGUCUUUGUCUAAACUCAGCCAUACAUGACAAUUUGUCAGCAAUCAGAAAAACAUUUCACUUUAUUCUUUAAUAUGACAGUUUUCACGUUGAUUUUUCUCUUUUUUUUUUUUUUUUUUGCCUUUUUCUACAUGUAUGUACACUUUACACACUACAUGAAAAUCCAAAUACCAGUGGUUUGAGAUACAGAAACAGGGCAGUAUUUAAGAUGAGAAGGAAUGUAGUGCCUUGGACAUUGAUUAAUAUAUUUCUUUUCUUCUGUGAAACAAAGCAUGUCAGCAUCCAAGUUGUUUUAGCUUGAGUGCAGUCUCAUUUUUAAUGCAUUACAGACACUUUUGUUUUUUGGUUUACAUAAAAAUGCCCUUGUAGUACUGCACUAUUAACACAAUAUAUGCUCUUAUUUAAAUAAAAUCAUGUUUUAAUCCUUGUUUACUUUCCACCCCUGUGACAGAUGGAAUGCCAUAGUGGUGAGAUGUACUGUUGCCUUGCAGAAACAAAUGGUUAAUGAACGACUGAAGAUGGGAAAAUAUUAAAAAAAAUAUAUAUAUACGCCAGCAGCCAAAAUCCACUUUUUCAGGUCGAAUGGUUCACUUGGACACAGCCUCUUUUUGAUAGGACAAUAGGUGCGUAGGACAGCACAAGAACUGGCAGUGUUGUAGCCUUGUGCUUAGAUGAAAGGCAGUGUCCAGAGCCUAUGAUACUGUACAUAGUCCUUUUAUACAGUAUAUGCCUCUGGUAGUGCUCUUAUCAGAAUGUAGCAAUUCAUAUGUGAAGGUGUGAGGCUUAAAAGUGCAAUUUAUCCCCUCCACAAAGCUUUGAUCGUGGCCUUGCCACAAGCCUUAUCUCUGACGUGUGCAACAGGAGCAAGCUGAAAAGUUGAACAAAGUUACAAAUCACCCAGCAACACAGAUGUUACCAAGCAAAGUAUAAACACUACACACACCACCAAGCAAGCUCAGAAUUCACUACUGCUAAAUGUUCUUUCAACUUGGCUGUCCUAUUUACAGAGCAUACACUGUAAACUUUCCUUGUGCAAUCACCAGUUCAGUCUGAUGUUUAUAAAAUGAUUUUAUGUUAAAAGCUUGAUCUUUUUGGGAUGCUGCUAUUGUCUGAGGUGAUUCCACUGUACAGUUGAACGUUUUCCUCACAUUGGAUGGUACUUAAAAAUAAAGAUCCCCUUCGAGUUAAAGUAACAAAUAAGAGUCUCACAAAGCAGUGUUAUUGCCUUGUUAGAAGUUUGAUGGUAUGUUUUUUUUCUGCUCUUUUUUGAUGACAGCCUUUUUUCUUUCUUGUCAGUAAUAUAUUACAAAAUUGAAAAUAUACUUGAUGUGGGAGAUUUGCACAACAUUUCGUCUCCCUUAAAUUUAACCUGUGUUUAAAAGUUUCCAACAGUGUAUAUAGUGGGUUUCACCGCCUGUAUUUUUUUGAAAUCACUGACAAGCAUGGCCAACUUUUCAUGUUUCCUAAAGCAAAGUUAAAAUGACACAACUAUGGUUAUAAAUGUCACAUCUCCACAUUUGAACAGUUUCAGCACCCCAGUCCUGCCAAGCUGUGAACUGUACAGUUUUCUUGUAGUUUAUAUUUGUACAUUUUGUUUGUUUGACUGUUUAGAAGUGAUGGUGAUGGUGGUGGAGGGGUUGCUUUGAUGUAUAUUAUUCCAUCAAUUCGGUUUGAAUUGGACUUUUAUAGGAUAUUAUGCAGAGUCUUCUGCUUUGGUGAUAUACUUCCAGUAGUAAGAGAUUUCUGUUCUCUGUUACACUUGUAUCUGGUAUGUUUUUGUUUUUUUUUUUGGGUUCCACCUCUCUCCCUGCUAACUGACAGUGAGUAGAGGAGGGAAUAACAGUGUAAUGUUGGCAUAUUCAUUUGGAUGCAGUGAUCAAACAGAGGACUGAGAUGCACAGAGGAGGAGAAGGAGGACCAGAGCUGACACUUCCUCCUCUGCUCAUCUCAUUUCUCUGUGGACAACAUUGCCCCCUGGUGAACAAGCUCUGUAUGUCAAAAAGGCUUGUAUUUCAGAUGUGUGGGAUAGCUUUUGCCUGCUCUGUGUCCCACUGCAUAACCCCACCCUUCCCUGCUGCACUCUAAUCACAGACUGUAUGUUGAGAGAGAAAUAAAUAUUAUUUUGUGCUUGA